CGCGCUGGACUCGCGCCACGGGACGCGCGGGACGUCGAUAGCGAACCUCCGUCGGCCCGGGGUUGUCGUCGAAGAAGUGUUGGCGGCUGCGUCGCCGUCUGAGCAGGGAAUGCUCGCCGAACAUCCCCAGCUGGGGUGCCUGGCGGGAUGCCUGUCACGCAACAGGAGAAACCGGGUGUACAGAGGGGAGACGAAGAGGGUGGUGAUCGUCGGCGGUGGUUUCGCGGCGGUGCACAUGUGCGAGGAGCUGGCGAAGCAGCCCCACGACAUUAAGAUCACCAUGAUCUGCCCCAACGACCACCUGGACAUCGCGUGGGCGUCCCCACGGGCCAUCGCCAGGCCCGAGACCGCCAACCGCAACGUCAUCCCGUUCCACAAGAUCUUCGAGCGGAGCAAGCACGCGGCGAGCAUGGUGACGCACGUCCACGACACCGUGGCGUGGGUGACGGAGACGUACGUGGAGACCGCGAUGAGCUGCGAGAAAUACGAGUACGACGUCCUCGUCAUCGGCACCGGCGCCACCUACGCCGAGGGCAGCGAGGCCAAGCGGCUCAAGUCCAACCACACCAGCAUGAGCGGAAAAGAUCGCGUCAAGGAACUGAGAGAGCUCGCGGAGCGCGUGAAGGGCGCCAAGGGCGUCAUGGUCGUCGGCGCGGGUCCCACGGGCAUCGAGCUCGCCGCAGAGCUCGGCGCCGCGUACCCGCGAGUCCCCGUCAAGCUCGUCACGAACAAGUACGAGAUCGGAGCCGGCAUGCCCAAGCCGGUGAAGGCGGCGCUGCAACAGGCAUUUGUUUCGAGGCCGAACGUCACAGUGAUCGCGGGCGAGCGCGGGUCCGUCCUCGACGCCAAGCGGCACGGGUGCGACGUGGUGUUCAUGUGCGCGGGGAUGGAGCCCAACACCAGCUUCCUCGGCGGCGGGUCCCUCAAGGCUUCGCUGGACGAGAAAGGUUUCGUCAAGACGGGACUUACCGGCCAGGUGCUCGGUUUUCCCAACGUCUUCGCUCUCGGGGAUUGCGCCAAGUCGUACGCCGCGGAUGGAAGCGGGAUGGAGAUGAUGAGCGAGCGGUACCGGCGCGAGCACGACACCGAGAAGUUCGCGCGACGAGUGUGCGCGUUGAACGUGCUGCGGUGCAUCGCGGGUGAGGCGCUCGUGGACAAGGCGGCGAAGGAGCGCCGAUGGUGGCACGCGGUGGGUACCCACCGCGGGAGCACGGCUGGCGGCGGGGGGGAGGGAUACGUGUACCCCGGCGCGGUGAUAUCGCUGUCGCCGUCGGACAGCGUUGGGUACGUGCAGGGGAGCGUGGCGAGAGGUUGGUACAUGGCGGCGAGGAAGCGGAAGGAUCUGUGGAGGAUGCGGCUCAGCAAGAAGCUGACGGGGCACGACGGGCCCCACUACACGUGACGACGUAGACACCUGACAGCCGAACCCUUUUAGCUGCUAGCUAUGUCGUAAAUGACGAAAAACGAGCGC